ACGUGCUUCCUGUUUGUGUCGCGUUUUAGCCUAAAACAGUUUUGUUCUUAUUAAAGAUAGCCGUUGUUUUAAUAUGUGGUUGAGUAAGAAGUAAAAUAAUAAAAACUCCUUUCUAAGCGCGUUAAAUGUGUUAAACAGGCAGAGUAAUAUUGUCUUGUUUAUUAGCAUGUUGCAGUCUUCACUGCUUAUAGAUUGAUUCUAACCUAUACAGUCUUUAUUAUAAAUCUCCCCACCAAGGGAUGUGUGUCUUAACUUAAAAACAAUUACAUCGUUAUUCACUGUUUUAUCUAAGUGCUCAGAGCCAGGGCAGAUAGGCGCUGUUGUUAUAUAUAGAUUUACGUUGCUGAAUUAUAUUAUGUAUUUUACAAUUAAAUCACAAAUAUUUUGCUAAAUUGAAAAAGUCACAUAGCGCACGCUAUGCGUUUUAUCUUUACCGCUUUAAAUAUCAUUUAUGGAAUGAAACCGACAGUUUGUUUCAAAGUAACUGCAGUUCAGAAGGUUAACCACAAGUUGUAAUUUUAACUGAAGGGAGAUGGCAGCUACACAGAAACUGGCCUGUUUUCGGUUACCUCCUCUGCCUACCAUAAAGGAGAUUAUCAAGCUGUAUAAUCUGAGAGCAGAAAAACAGCUUUCUCAGAACUUCCUCCUAGACAUGAGACUCACAGAUAAGAUUGUCCGGCAGGCAGGAAACCUGAAGGAUGCGCAUGUGUGUGAGGUGGGACCUGGCCCUGGGGGCCUCACCAGGUCUAUUCUGAAAGCUGGAGCAGCAGACGUAUUAGUGGUGGAGAAGGACACACGCUUUAUUCCAGGAUUACAGCUCUUGUCUGAGGCUGCUCCUGGAAAAAUGAGGAUAGCACAUGGAGAUAUUCUCACAUACAGACUGGAAAGAGGCUUCCCAGCCCACAUAGCUCAAACAUGGGAAGAUGUACCACCCAACCUGCACAUCAUUGGGAAUCUGCCCUUUAGUGUGUCGACUCCUCUCAUUAUAAAGUGGCUGGAGCAGAUGUCGAACAGAACUGGGUGCUUUAUGUUUGGACGUACAAGGCUUACACUGACCUUCCAAAAAGAGGUGGCUGAAAGGUUAACAGCCAGCACAGGAAGCCGUCAACGCAGCCGUCUGUCUGUCAUGGCUCAGUAUCUCUGCACUGUCAAAAACUGUUUCACCAUCUCAGGAUGUGCCUUUGUUCCAAAACCUAACGUGGAUGUGGGGGUGGUGCACUUCACUCCGCUGGCUCAGCCCCAGAUCCAGCAGCCCUUCAAGCUGGUCGAGAGGAUUGUCAAGAACACCUUCCAGUUCCGGAGGAAGCACUGCCGCAGAGGGCUCGAGAUGCUGUUCCCAGAGUCUCGGCGUCAAGAACUGACGGAAGAGUUGCUGCGCAGUGCUGAUGUGGAUCCCACACUGCGGCCCACAGAGAUCUCUAUUUCUGAAUUCAGGGCUUUAGCAAACGCCUACAGUAAGCUUUGCGAGGAGAACCAAGGCCUCAUCGACUAUGACUUCAGAGAAGAACUGAAACUCAGGCAUCAGGCAAAGAGACAGUUGGAAAACAACCGUAAAGGACUUAACCUUCACACCACAGCAGAGGAAAAUGUUAACGACUACCACUAAUGCAGCAGACUCUUAAAGGUGACUGUUUCAUCAGCUGGCAUGAAUUUGUUGUGCUUUUUUUUGUCUUUUGAAUGGAUGCUUGCGGUAUGUAGAAGACUUGCCAGCAGUGAGGUAAAUGAAGCAUCAGCUGAAAAUUUUCAGCUAAAAAAGACGAAGAAAGGCUUUUAGAAAAUGCAAGGGGAUUAAAUUUGUUAUGGGAGAUAUAGUUUAAGAACACUGUGAAUUAUCACAUAAAGCUGUUUUGUAGGUAGGAUAGGAAAAUUACUUUAAUCAAUUCCAGUUCCUAGUCACCCUCUCUGUAUUGAACUGAGGAAUAGAGAGGGUUGCCCAGAAAACCUGUCACAUCAUAAAGCAGCUAUGGGAAGGCUUUAAUCAUUUUACAGCUAGAGGCUGACAACUAUCUGUCAGGAAAAAAAAAAAACAUUUGCCAUUGUUACCUAAAAAUAAUUUGACUGAUGAAUAAAUUAUUUUUUCCUAGACUUUUUUU